AUGGCGCCGAAGCUCCACGAAAUCGAUCCCAACGGAGACACGCUCCUCAUCCUCCGCAACCCAAACGCUCCAUUCGCCGUUCCCGCACCGCCUCCCGGUCCGCCACAGAAACGCGCCAAGACACACCAAUCCGCCGACUCCAAGCCAGAGGUUCACAUGCGCCUCUCGUCAAAGCAUCUCGCACUGGCGUCCGAGUACUUCCAGAAGUUGAUGGUUGGCGGCUGGAAGGAGACCACCACCACGGCCGAGGGCCAGUAUUCGUACACGAUCCAGACCGAGGAUUUCGACGAAGAAGCGCUGCUCAUCGUGAUGAACAUUAUCCAUGGGAAGACGACAAAUCUGCCUCGAUCGGUAAACCUUAAGAGACUUGCCAAGAUAAGCCUUCUGGUGGACUACUAUCGAUGUCAUGAAGCGGUCCAGUUCUUCAGUCAGACCUGGCUAAAGAGCCUAGGCAAAACGGCUUCCAAGAGCAGAGACCACUUGUUGGAGCUUUCGGUUUCCUGGGUAUCUGCAAACGCCGAUGCCUUCCGGAACUCGUCGAUGUCUCUCAUAAAAAGUAGUGUAAAGCCGAUUGAUUCCUUGGGUCUACCAAUACCACAGAAUAUCAUCGACGUCCUCAACGCGAGAAGGGAAGCACACAUCUCUGCCAUCCUCGCUGGUUUCGAAAGGCUAGUGAAGGAGCAGUAUCCCAAGAAAUACAUCGCUUGUUCGUUUGCGUGCUCCUCAAUGGCCCUCGGGGCGCUCAUUAAGCAAUUGGUCAAAACUGGCCUCCAUCAUCCGUCUCCGCUACCGCCUUAUGCCGGCCACAGCAUCUUAACAUUGAAUGACGCCAUCUGCGAUCUGGGCAAGCUGCCAUUCGAUAAAUUUUGCCCGCGGGGGGCAGUCGGAGAGAUGAUUUGCGACGCUUCCAUCAAGCCAUAUCACAUCCUUGACAAAGAAAUUAAGAAGAUCAAAGGGCUAGAAAUCAGUGACUUCAUGAUCAUUGAUCAACCAAAGUGA